AUGGCUACCGCAUUGAGCAUUGUAAUGCCUGAGGAAUACGAUGGUCAGCACGCUGCUACCUCCCAGGAGCUUUCCAGCGACAGUGACUCCAAGCUAAGGAACUUUAUUCGAAUAGCUCUCUAUCUUCUGUCUAACAAAAUUACUAUGCGAGACACAGGAAAUUUCGGGUCUCACCUUCAUGGUGAAGAGGAAUUCAUGUUGAAGAUCUUUCGCAUGUCUGGACUCGACAACAUUGUGAGCUUGCGCCAUUUGCUAUCUAGGAAACAUAACAUGUCAGAUGGGGCAAUUGCAGAGAGCCUCUUUGGUAGUGCAAUUAAAUGUCUUGACAUCGAAACCACACGGUUGAUGCUGGAGGCUGGCAUGGGUCCCGACACCCUCAUCGAUGUCAAAUUCCGUCCUAUGAAAACUGCCACACCCCUCGGAUAUAUGGCCAUGAAAUGUGGUGAAGCUGCCUUACAGAUUUCCCGCUUAUUACUGAAGCAUAGCGCUACUGUCGAUCUUUGUCACGGCGGGGAAUCCGCACUCGACAUUGCUGUGAAGCACUCCAAUGGACACAUGGUAGAAGUUCUCGCAUUGAACGGUGCCCAUAUCACGGCAAAGUCCUUACAUUCUGCCGUGAAGGGGAAUCAAGAUUUCAGAAUUGUUCACUGUCUUCUGACAGCUGGUCCCGAGGGUCUUGUGGACCAUAUGUUUCCUGAAGGCACGAUUCUGGUGACCGCACUUAAGCGAAUUGAUGCGACGGGGAAACUACUGGCACGAAAAGCCAACAUCAAUGCGAUACAGCCUAUCCAGUCUCACGACCAGUUCAACGGUCUCGGAACGACUUUAAUAGGCUUAGCAUCUGCAAGUGGCAACGAUGAAUUGGUACGAACCCUCCUCGAGGCCCGUGCAGAAGUCAAUAUAGAGUCCAAAUCUGGUCUUUGUGUUCCACCUCUAGUACUGGCAGUCCACGGGGGAAACAACAAUAUCGUCACUCUCCUUCUUCGGGCGGGAUCUGAUGUCUCUCUCGCAGACGCCUUCAUAGCGCCACAGGAGAGCGUCGGAAACUCACUCUUUGAAAGGGCUUUGACACGAGAUGCUCACACGACAGACCGCAUCAGAUUGUGUCAGACUUUGCUAACCGAGGGCGGAAGAGCGAGUCAGCGUGCGAUGGAAGACUUUAACACCCUUCAGCUGUUUGAUGCUGUGAUACGUCGUGAUGCGGAGUCUGUGUCUCUAUUGCUCGGUCUUGGCCCCCGGGUAACCACUUAUGAUGCCAAAUUCGGACACAAUGCUCUUGUGCUGGCUAUCAGAAAUGGAGAUCAGAAAAUAAUAUCUUUGCUUCAAGCAGCUGGAGCUACAGUUGUCGGUUGCGCUAUAAGAUUUAUUGCUAAUGUUGAGACUGCGAUGUUUCUGCUCGACAUCGGAAUUUUACAUGCGGUUCUAUAUGCAGAUGGCUACACCAUCCUUGUAUCUGCGAUACUUGCGCAAGAUGACGACUUGACAACGUUCCUGCUCGAGUGGGGGGCCGACCAAACACAGCCUGUAGUUUUCCCGCAAUUUGAAAUACCACAGCAUCUCUGCAAAACUGUGCUAGAGGCAGCCCUAUGUCGAGGAAAUCUUCCUCUAGCCGAAAUUCUUGUUCAACGGGGCGCCUAUCUUGGUGAAGCAGAAAUCAUCACGAUUGCAUGGAGAGCCUCAGUAAUGAAUGAUGCCGAUGUGCUUCGCUCUUUCCUCGCCAUGUUCCCCCGUUUCUCUCUAACGUCUGCUACUGCAGUUGCAAUGGCUCUGUUAUCCAAAAACUCUGAAAUUAUCCAUCUUCUUCUCAACGCUGGUAUCAAGCCUAAUGGAAUUCCAAGGAUGCGGCCUCAUUACUGUGAUCCAAUCAAAAGUGAGGCCUCGAAGAACGAUAUGUUUUCGCAUCCUGAGCAAUGGAGUCUUGUGCUAUCAUAUCCGCAAUCAGUGCUUGAAUUGGCAGUUAUCCACAACGAACGAUCUAUAGCGCGAAGUCUAAUUGCAUGCGGAGACUGGACAAAACGUGAAAUGGGUCGUGCUUUCACAACCAGCUUACAAUACGGAGAACAUGAGCUUGCUAAAGAACUGCUGGCCGCCGGUGGAGAUGUACACCAACUCAGUUUCGUCAAAGGGAUUUCAGUAUCUGCUAGAUAUCCUGUGGAGAUUGCUUUAGAAGAAGGCAAUACUCGACUAUUGCAGAGUUUAGUUUCUGCCGGACUAGAUCCUAAUCGUUCCAGCGGUGGCCAUCUCACUGGCUUACAGCGGGCAGUCAAGUAUGGAAAUAUGAAGCAUAUUGAAAUGCUCCUUGCUGCUGGGGGAGACGUCAACAGCCCAGCAAUAUGUCACCAUGGAAAGACUGCAUUGCAGAUCGCGGUGCAGUUCAAAGAUACAGGCAUUACAGAAAUGCUGGUUAGAGCUCACGCGAAUGUCAAUCCUCCCCUGAACCCUUUGAACGCUGAAGACGAAUGUCCCUUGCAUCUUGCAAUCAAAAUUGGAAACAAAAAGCUGGUUAUAUUUUUGCUUCAAGCCGGAGCAAACGUGAACAGUCCACCUAGUCCGUUCCAUGGUACUACAGCCUUGCAAUUAGCGGUGAAACAAGGUGAUUUGGGUCUUGUCGAUCUGUUUCUGCGAGAAGGUGCGGAUGUCAACCAAGCGCCGGCCCACAAUGGUGGAGCUACGGCUUUACAAUUUGCUAUUAUCCAAGGUUACAUUGGCAUUGCACGUAAGCUGUUGGAUGCAGGCGCAGAUGUGAAUGCACCGAGAGCUCCAUUAAACGGAAGAACAGCACUCGAAGGUGCAGCUGAAUGGGGCCGUGUUGACUGCUUACAACUUCUUCUGAAUGAGGGAGUUUCAGCGGAAGGUGAAGGUAGAGAUCAAUUUGUUCGAGCUGUGAUCUUGGCUAAAGCCAAUGGACAUCUGGCUGUGGCCAGAUUUCUCAAGACCAAAUUUAUUUGGACUGACUCUGACUUUGAGGGCGACCAAGACCAUUUUCUUGCUGAUAUGGGGGUGCCGAAGGAGUUGUUGAAUAUAGGGCAAAACUGUCAAGACUGCCAAGGUAUGCUAUAG